AUGGAUGCCGAUGUCGAUGAGAUCAAUGUCGAUGAUAACGAUGACGACGAUGCUGGCAUAUUCAGCAUCGCCAAUGACCGCCACAUAGAGGACGAUGACACCCUCACUGGAGAAGACAACUUUCUUUCGGCAGUGCACACGAAGUGCACUGCUGUUGACAACGACGAAUCAGCAGAGGAAUUUCUGCUGACUCGCGAAGCAAUUGUCCGCUUCGUUUAA